AUGUCGCCACCACUUGACAUACUCCAGUUGGACGUUUGGGGGGACUUCGAACCCUUGGAUGACAUUACCUUAUCAGCGACUUCAGAAUUCUGGUCACAAGUGGAAUACGAAACGGAGAGAAUAGACACAGAUUCGACGUUUAGCUUGAUGCAGGAAAAUGAAGUCGAUUGGAGGGUAGCAGAGACACCUGAAGAACACAAAGACAAUAUUGUACAUCACGAUUGCAUGUGGGCAGGCUACUGUAUAGACACAGGGCUGCCGAACACCUUUGUCCCGACGGACUUAAGAGUGGCUGCUCCUGGAGAGAGCGUGCUACGCCGGGAUCGGGAUAUGUCACCACCCCGACCAGACACUCCACCGACUUUGGACGGAGAUGAGCACCCUCCGUUCCGUCAUGUUGUGGAUGUUACUAGCACAGCUUUAAGGCUGUUGAGGGAUACCAGAGCCGUGGCAGCAGAUCAUUCGUACACGGCGCGUCAACACUUCGAGUGCCUUGGCGUUCAGACACCAUCUGACUCGGGAGAAUCAGGACGCAGGCGUCGCGGUAGCGCGGGAAACUGCGUAUCGACCGGCACCCCCCGGCUCUGUCUAGACGCACCCGCUUCCGGAACCUUCUACUGCGACCUUGAACGUCCCAACCUUUCCUAA